CUCUGGAAGACUACCGUAUCGGUCCGCCCGGACCACCGCAGAGCCGGCAGUAUGAUGAUAAGUUGAAUCCCAGGUGACCUCCCCGUCUGUCAAAACGCGGCCCUCCCCGCACCGUCAUGUUCUACACGCCGGACGUCACGCCGGACACGCAGAAGGCCUCCCCAGACUAUGAAGAUGCACCGGCAUUCUUCUCUGCACCAAACACACCACCAGGCGGGCAGCCGGCCAGCCUCUCGGCCAAGGCAUCCUGGCUUCCCACCAUCACGGCCGGUGUUGGGUUUCUGACGGAUGCGUAUGACCUGUUCGUCAUCGAUAUCGUCCUGCUGGUGCUGGCCAGCAUCGACGCCAGCCAGAGCGCCGCGGACAGGGGCCUCGUUGCGUCGGCCAUGAGUGAGAUCCGAUCCACACAGACAGACAAGGCGUUUUCUCCCUCUCUCUGUGGGAAUGUUCUAUGUCAGUUGUGGGGACACUCAUCGGGCAGACCACCUUCGGCCUGCUGGCCGACAUCCUUGGCCGGCACAACCUCUUCCGCACCACCCCCAUCCUGCUGGCAGGCGGGGCCCUGCUGUCUGCCUGCGUCACAUGGGCGGGGCCCGUGUCGCUGUACACGAAGCUGGCGGCGUGUCGGCUGCUGCUGGGUGUAGGCGUGGGAGGGGAAUACCCUUUGGCUGCCACUGUCACGUCAGGUAAAGUACCGACGGGAGGGGGGAGGGAGGGCACACGGCUUAUGUUGGUGUGUGGGUGUGGGGUUCAGAGACGUCCGAUACCGCUCACCGUGGGCGGGCUCUCGCGGCGGUGUUCGCCAUGCAGGGCGUGGGCAUGGCGCUGUCGCCCCUGCUGGUGCUGGUCCUCCUCUCCCUCCCCCCGCCCCUCUCCCUCCCCCCCGAUCUCAUCUGGCGCAUCGCUCUCGCCGUCGGGGCCCUCCCCGCCAUAGCCAUCAUCUACUACCGAUGGACGCUCCCAGAGACUGCCCUAUUCAACAAGGCCCACGAGGACACCAAAACCAGCCCUUUUCGGCACCAGAGGCGGCUGUUCGUCCGAUACCGGGGCGCGCUGCUCAGCACGUGUCUCAACUGGUUCCUUCUCGACGUGACCUUCUACGGAAUGGGGAGCUUCAAGACGGCCGUCGGGGCCUCCCUGGGCUUCUCGCUCGGCGUGACGGGCGGCAUCAUGUCUGAGGCGUGGUUCGCUUUGAUGGUGGCGGGCUUGGCGAUGCCGGGGUACGUGCUGGCGGUGGUUUAUGCCGAGAGGAUUGGGUAUCGGCGGCUGCAGCUAUUCGGAUUUGGGAUGAUGGGCCUGUGCUUCGUGCUGCUGGGCAUCGAGCAGUACGCUGGCGGCCAGCGGCCGGCGAUAGAGUUGGUGCGUGAUUCGAGGGAAUCCGUGGACAGGGAGAGAGUGUCAUGCCAUGUGGCCAUUUGUUUUUUAUCUAAUUGCAGGUGUUGUUUGGACUGACGUUUUUGUUCUCUAACUUCGGACCCAACACGACCACCUUCCUGCUGCCCACACAGAUAUACCCGACGCUCAUCAGGGCAUCAUGCCAGUAACCACACACAGAGAUCUUACGACCAGGCAGACAACUAAAAACCCCCCUCUGCUGCCCCUGUCUUGUUCUGUUUUGUUUUGCUCUCUUCAGUGGCAUUUCAGCGGCGAGCGGCAAGCUCGGUGCCGUCCUGGGCUCCGCCAUGUUCGCCCCCCUGCAGCAGUCCAUCGGCCUUCCCUCCCUUCUGCUGUGCUGCGCCGCCGUGGCCCUCCUCGGCCAUCUCGCCACACUCACUCUCACACCCCUCUCUGCCAAUCAUCCCGAGCAGUUGUUCGACCACCUCGAUGACGAGACCACGGCGCUCAACAACCACAACAAUCGUGGCGGUGGAAAGGAUCACCAGCACCGGCACCAGCAGAGGACGGCGGGAGGGGCAGAUAGGAGCGGGGGGGAUGGUGGGAAAAGGGGGGAGAGGGACGGGCAGCAGCAGCAGCAGGAUGGGAGCGGGUCGAGCGCUGCGGGAGGGUCAACUGCGGGAGCGUCAACUGGUGAAACGUCCUCAGAGGCCACCGGUGCGCAAGCAGGUGUGCACAACAGAAAGGAACGAACGAACGAAAGGGCCACACGACACACAUAUUUGCUUUCCGGUCUCGUCUCCAGGCAUUCACUCUGCCAGGGCCUCCGCUUUGCUCCCUUCCCGCCCCAUGUGGAGCGGUCUGAUCCCGCAGGGGUUCCUCAGCGCGCAGGUGACGCAGCAGAGUGCAUAUGGGUACACCCCAUACGGAUACCCGCAGCAGAAACCCAAGCAGCAGGAGCCGGCGGGGAGCAGCUGGUCUGCACGUAUGCGAUGGGGAAAGUGAUUGAUGGCCACACAGAGGGGGGAGAUCUGAUUGUGUGUGCGUGUGUCCGUUGGUCAGGUGGUGGCUCGUCGACGAAUACCACGCUGCCGUCUCAGCCAGGGUUGGGGCUGUCGGGCCCUCAAGUGAGCGACCAUGCGUUUCCUGUAGUCAAAUUCCUGCAGCUGAGCUCCCUGGCCUUCAGGGGCGCCAUCACGGUGACACCCCCCUGCACAUGGCAAUGAAUGUGUGGAUGCACGUGUGCGCGCGUGUCUCUCUCUCUGUGUGCUGUUUAGUAUGAGGAGGAGCAUCAGAUGCACAGCAGCGACCCGCUCGUCAAAUACCAGAUCGUGCACAGGUGGGCAGACAAGCUGCUGGACCGUCAACUCCCCCCCGCCCCCCUGUGUGUGUCUUAUUGGUCAGUUGGCGUCACAAUCUGGGCCCUGAGGACGGCAGGCGGGCUGUAGUUGGAUGGAAGGUUCUCUGCACGUACAGAAACAAGCACCAGGUACCUACCUAGGCCGCGGCAUGCACCGGAUGGACGCAUUUGAUCUCCCGACGUGUCUGUGGGCGGACACACACGUUCAGAUGGUAUCGUUUUUCUCUGACCGCGAUCUGAAGGAGAAGGACCUACAGCGUGUGUUGAGGGACAUCGAGAGCAUCGCCAUCGAUAUCAUGCGGUGAACGACAACGCACACAUACGUCAUCGCUUCAUGCCUUGAUGCAUUUUCAGGGGUUCGCUGAUAGUGCAAAGCGCCGCUACUGAGUCGGAGGACAAAUACAGGGCGGCCACACAGCACAUCGUGGCGCAGAUCGACCAGGGCAGGCUCCCAUACACGGUAGAAGAACAACACCAGCCAGGCCACACAGCAAAGAAAAGGGCUGGGUGUGGUGUGGUGUGGUUUGAUUGCGUCACGUCUAUGCAUCAGGCGCAGUACUUGUCGACGUUUAUCUCCGGCGGCCUGCAGGGCGCCCUCGACCAGCUCAGUGGCCCAAACAUCUAUGGCCCCACAGCUGCCUUCGCCUCCUCUCUUCAUAGCCACGUGAGGCUCAAAGAGCAGCCACGCGGUCAUAAGAUGUCUCUCUUCAUCUUCAUCUCUCUCUCUCUCUGUGUGUGUGUGUGUGUCAUGCAGGCUGUGGCGGCGUCUCUGCUCCGUCCGUGUGCGAGCGGGUCGUCGACGGCCCACCCACAGGACAGCCGCUCCCUUGCGAGCAGCUCUAGUGGCUCGGCGGCCAUGGCCAUACUGUGAGACUCAGAGGGACAGUUUCGAUACAGAUGGUUAGAUUGUUGGCUGG